AUGCCGCGCCCCCUACGAUCUCGGGUCGCGCCCGCGAAGCCGGCUCCGACAGCCGAGGCGGAGCGGGCGCCGAGCGCGAAGCUCAGAGCAGGCCCAGCGUGGGACAAGGGCAGCGCGUCGAGCAGCGAAAUGAGCGACAUCUACGGCGCCGCGCAGAGACAGCCACAACCCGAGCCGGCUGCCAAGCCGCGCGCCGAUACCCAGCAGACGGUAGCGCUGACCGAUUCGAAGCGCCGCCGCGACACUGCCAUGAGCCGCCUCGACGACCUCACCACAUCGUCGACGCUGGAGCAGCAGCCACGGCCGCAGUCAAGGGGCAGGAGGGCCAGCCGGCUCUCGGCACGCGGCGGGAGGGGCGCCAGCGCCACACGGGAGACGCAAAAGCGGCAUCGUGCCGAUGUGUCGGGGCUUGACAUCAUGGACGACUCGGAGCUGUUCGGCGAUCUCGACCUAGACGCAGAUAUCGACUCCAGCAGCGUAGAGGGCGAGACCACGGCGCCCGGCUACCGGUCAGCCGACACCUCAUCGUUCAAUAUCGCAAUGUUCAAGCGCGGCCGCUCUAGACAAUCGAGCGUCGUGGGAAGGGAUGACGCACCCAUCCGGCCAAGCAGCCGAGGUCCAAACACGCCGGGCUUCAGUUCAACGUUCAAUCUUGGUACUUUCAAACGUCGACCGCGCGAACACAGCAUCUUGGGAACUGGGAGGAAGGAGCGGGCAGAGCACACCGACACAGAGCCCGCCCCAGCAGGCGAUGACGACGCAGCAGUUGACAGCGAGCUCGAAUCAGACUUGGAACUGCCGGAUAUCGAAGACGAAUCUCCAAGCCGCAGAAGGACUAGAAGUUCUGCCGCGGCUGCUGUUGUCGUUGCUCGCGAUUCGCUACCUCGAAUGGACCCUAGCCCUGCUGGAGUCUCCCGCAAGAGGAAAUCCACAGACGCGCAGGAGGGAUCCUCCAAACGACCGGCGUUGACGUCCGGCGACGACGUCCAGCAGUCCAUCGAGAGCGAGUCGGAGCUGAGUCCGCCACCGCUCAGCGACUCGGCGUCCACACCUCCGCACAUUCCGCCUACGUGUGAUGACGACGAGGACGUCAUGGCCCCUCCAGCUAGCAGCAGUGUCCACUCAAACAGCAGCCCGGGGCUAUGGCCCCCGCUCAGAGGUAUAGCUGCCAGUAGAGCACGCAGGGGCCGCUCGAAGAACAGGCGCAGGACGCCGUCCCCGGUGGACGACGAUGCAGAUUCCGACAUCUCGUCGCCACCUUCGUUGACGCACUCUCCUAACUACACAUCGGCGAGGAACAAGGGCAAGGGCCGCGCAGCCACCGCUGCUCCGCGUAGACGCUCACCUGAGAAGCUCACCACCGCCGAACUCACGUCGAUGUUGCCGCGGAGGAGACGGAGAGCGGCGAGUAACGCACCCGAGGACGACGAACACGAGAUGAACGCGCUGGCAGUCGCUAGGGGCGCUGACGAGCUGGCAUUCGGCGGAGGGUCAAGAGUGACCCGGUCCUCCAAGAGACCCACGCGGCCUCUCGCCGAGUCCAACAGCACAUCAGCUCCCAAGAGCCCCAACGCCACGAGGGGCGGCGGAAGUCGCAAGGGCAACCGAAGAACAUAUGGGUCCCGCGGCGGUCUGGCUGCUGGCUCCGACAAGGAGAAUCAGUCAGCGGCGGCCGUCACGGGCGAGGAAGAAAACACGGUAACUGUGGCGGAUGAAAGCUCAGAGGCUGUGCUCGACGAUACCUUUGAUGACACGGCGGAUACCGUCGUGCCGCCGCCGGACCUGGGCGAGGAGCUCAAGAAUGCGGCCAAGAAGUUCAAGGAGGUGGACAAGUGGGAGCUCGAGUAUGAGGAGAUCACGGAGCCCUCUUCUCCCGGGAUCGAUGCGCGAUAG